AUGAUAGCACAUUUCUUCUACUUUCUUCUCAUUCUAACUGCUCUUACAAAUUAUGGAACAUCACGUAGUUCUAGGCUGGUAUGCAAAGAUUUCGUUCCUCCUCGAAUUUGUCGAAGUCUUAGUAAGUCCAUAAAAUUGUGCUCGGAUCGCAACAAAAAAGGUUAUGCAUUCGAUAUAUGUAGGAGAACGUGUCAUCUUUGUUGGUAA